AUGAGCCGGAUGUCCGCUGUCGCCAGUCCGCCCAAAUCUGCUCGCAUUGGCAGAGAGGGCAAGGUCUUCUCGAAGGACGGUGCUGAUCAACGGGAUUUUUCAAUUGGAUGCGGGUUCUCGGGACAGGGCACUCAGUUGCUUCGUGCUCUCAGGGUCAUCACUGCUUCAGCAAGCUCUUCUGGUUCAGACACGAAUCUCCCAUCAAGCAAGAAGCAGAAGCAAAAACAUGGGAAGGUCGGAUCGUUGAUUGAAAAACCCUCAAAGGUCGAGAAAAUGCAAAUCAAUGUGCCUUCUGAUACAGUGCCAUCGACUCAUCCAGAGUCUGGUCAACCUGCCCAUCCUUCGCGGUUCAGUCCCGCCAUCGAAUUCUCUCAUGCAGAUUAUCCAUGUGUCCAAGAUAACAAGACAACAGAGCUCCUUCGACUCAAGCAGGAGCUUAUGGCCGCCAAUUCCAAAAUCGCAUUGCAGGAGCAAGAGCUCGCCCAUACUCGUGUCAUCGGGCAUACCCUAGAUCAGGCUUUAGGCCCUCCCUCCGAGGCAGAUCUCGGCGGUCGUGAGAUAACCGAACAAACCAUCGCACAUCUACAGAGUGCCUUCAAUGCAUCAAAUCAUCCAUUCGGUCAGUUUCAAGACGCGUGGAAUACACAAGAUGACUCACAGUCCGAUAUUUCGGAUGCGUUGUCUGCUGGAGCGUAUCACCGCGCGCGGGGGCUUUGGAAUCAGCAAGACCAUGUCUCUUUCGGGAUGGCCACCAUCGAAUCUUCUUUUGAUAAGCAAUAUGAUGACUUUACUCAGACAUCUAACCCCAUGACGCACGAUCCAAGUCGACUGUGGGGUGGCUCUACGCAUCCUACGUUUGCGACUCAUGGACCGCUGCAAUCAUAUCGGGUCCUUUCAGGACCCCCAGCCGGUAGGUAUGGAUUUGGUUCUCGAUCUCCAGAUGGACAAGCCCGAUUUUUUCAAGACCCCACCUCUGGAGCACGUGGACCGGCCACGCAAUCCAAUCGGAGUGAAACUAUUUUACCAUCUCCAAGCACCGCGUUAAGUGGCUUUGUAUCGGGGCCUCCUAGUGAGGCAGCUCCCAAGUCCCCCUCUUUGCCAACAGCCAGAUUCUCAAGCGCUUUCCCACCAAUUGGACUCUAUUCCAUGCCUCCAUUUCAUACUCGACCUGUUGCAACGACACUCUCUCCGACUGCUACGGAAUUUACCACAAACGGAACCCCAUGGGCAACUCCCUUGGCCAGUGGAAGCUCCCUUCAAACCUACGUUUCGCCCCUUGAGCCCCUCAACUAUCGGCGUCUUCUCGACAAAAACGUUUCGUGUGACUGGAAAUAUAUUGUGGACAAGAUAGUCUGCAACAACGACCAACAAGCAUCUAUUUUCCUGCAACAAAAACUGAAGAUCGGCACGACUGAGCAGAACUACGACAUUGUCGAGGCUAUUGUCAGCCAGGCGUAUUCACUGAUGAUCAAUCGUUUCGGCAACUUUCUAGUUCAGCGCUGUUUUGAGCAUGGAACCCCAGAGCAGGUUGUUGCCAUUGCCAAUGCAAUCAAAGGUCACACGCUUAGUCUGAGCAUGGAUCCCUUUGGAUGUCAUGUUAUCCAAAAAGCGUUCGACUGUGUGCCCGAAGAACACAAAGCUGUCAUGGUCCACGAGCUUCUUUGCAGAAUCCCGGAGACGGUGAUUCAUCGGUAUGCAUGCCAUGUUUGGCAGAAGUUGUUCGAGCUACGAUGGGGCGGUGAGCCGCCCCAGAUUAUGGUCAAGGUGAAUGAAGCAUUGCGCGGAAUGUGGCAUGAGGUGGCAUUGGGUGAGACCGGAAGUCUGGUUGUCCAAAACAUAUUUGAGAACUGCGUGGAAGAGGAGAAGCGGCUCGCCAUUGAAGAAGUUCUAGGGAAGAUCGACAUCCUUGCACAUGGUCAAUUUGGCAACUGGUGCAUUCAGCAUAUUUGUGAGCAUGGCACUCCUCACGACAAAGGCCGCGCCAUCGAGCAUGUUCUUCAUUUUGCCGUGGACUACAGCAUGGACCAAUUUGCAUCCAAGAUAGUCGAAAAAUGUUUGAAAAUCGGAGGCUCUGAGUUCCUGGAUCGCUACCUCUCUCGAGUCUGCAGUGGCCGCGCUGAUCGACCUCGAAUGCCAUUGAUUGACAUCGCUGGAGAUCAGUAUGGUAACUACCUUAUUCAAUGGAUUCUGAUGAACGCCGCCACUCAUCAGCGUGAAAUCGUUGCCAGUCAUGUUCGGAAACACAUGGUCUCUCUUCGCGGGUCUAAGUUUGGCUCUCGUGUCGCGAUGCUCUGUUGCAAUCCGUCUCAUGCCACGCGCCCGGGUCCCGGAACCAGCAUGCAGGCAGGUCGGUUCAAUAACUUCAAUGAGGAAAGAAUCCCCUCAAUUGGACAGAGCGGCGGCCGCCUCAACCGAGGCCAUCAAUGGGGCCCUGCUUACACGCCGUUUCGUUGA